AUGGCCAGCAAACGAACCACAACUGCCUUGAGAAUCUCGCCUCCUCUGAUAAACUCAGCCAAUCCCUGGGCAACAAGUAAAUUCGACCUCCUCGCCCUUUACAGCUGCCCUUACACCGGUGCGGUUACGGUUAGAACUUCGCUUUUAAAUCCUUUUCCACACAACCCACAACUACACCAAUAUACUUUCUUUGAUCCAAAGUCCAAUUCUACCAGCGCCUCAAUUUCUGAGGGCCGAAGUAAUGUCAUUCCAGGUGAAACGAAUAGUCUAAACACACUCGGUUAUUCUCCUAUAUCUUUAGACUCAUACCUGAAAAUUCUUCUCGAGCUUGCGCAAGAUAAAAGCCUUCAGCAGCUUACUUCAAAACCAUGGAUCAUUUCCGUAACAGGCUCAGCUGAAGAGAUUGGUGAAUGCUAUGAGCAUAUUUUGCGACAACAUGGGAAAGCCAAUUUGAAUCUUAUGAUGGAAAUCAAUCUUUCGUGCCCUAACAUUGUAGGAAAACCACCUCCUGCAUAUGAUGGGGAAGCAAUGGCCUCGUACAUCAAAGUCAUAAAACGUUUGAAAACAGGAACAGUCGACAGAAUUCAUGUAGGCAUCAAAACUCCGCCGUACACGUAUUCUGAGCAAUUUAAGAACUUGGUUUCAGCGCUAGAAUCAGGAGCCUUACCCUCUGGAGACAAUGCCAUAUCAUUUAUUACCACAACGAACACUCUCGGGUCGUGCUUGAUAAUGGAUGACCUGGGCAACCCUGCACUGGGUUCUUCAAAUGGCGAAGGUAUUGGUGGAAUGGCUGGUGAUGCAUUACAUCCCAUCGCAUUAGGAAAUGUCAAAACAAUCCGAAGAAUGCUAGAUGCAUCACCCUUAGAGCACAUGAAGAGUAUAGAGAUAAUUGGUGUUGGAGGUGUAAAAGAUAGCGCGGGGUUUAGCAGGAUGCGUCAAGUCGGUGCGUCGAUAGUGGGGGUGGGGACUGCAUUAGGAAGAGCGGGAGUAGGUAUCUUUGAGCAGAUUCUUUCCGGGGUGGCAGAUGAGCUUUGAAUGAACAAUCAAUGUUCCGCCUCAGUACGUAUGUCAUGUUGCGAUAUUAUCCGCGCUGAAAGUUACGUGGGUGGUGCAUAUCUCUCAUGCGAUACGAUCGUUCUCAUUCAGAGGCAAAUGUUUUCUACCAUCAGAACAAAUGUUGUCGUCAUAUAUGUCACUUUGGAUGGGUCGUCCCCAAAUAACAGAUUUCCUAGAUACUCAUGAGUUCACCUUGCUCUCGUGUCCGUGAGAUGCUCCCUGUAUCAUUCUUACCGAGAUGACAAGAGAGACGUGGAAGUUAAGAUUAGAGUUUUCAAAACGAAUGA